AUGACGAGGAUGGAGUUGGAGAUGGAAGCACAGAUAAGUUUGGCAGAUGCAGACCCAUCUGCUCCUCCCUUGCCGAAACACACAAAAUCCACAGUUACCAAGAUGCAUGAGGUCACUUUCACACCAGACGACGUCCGACCUCGGAGAAAGCAACGCAAGGAAAACACUAAAGAAGAACUUUGAUGCUUUCCUUGUGCUGGCUGGGGAUGGCCAUUGAGUCAGAAUGAGAAUCGAUUGAAAUUCAAAAACAAAUAAAAUCA